AUGCAUUACUCCCAUGGCCUGGGAUGGCGAAAUCUUGUGUUAGAUGGACCGCUUACUGAGAAUCCUGUCUUGCAAGCUUCUCCGUCUUUCUUCGAUCCAUCGUACUUACAACUUCGCCACGCUUAUGGAAUGUUGUUCAAGCUCAAGAUGUCGCCGCGGCCAAUUUUGCUUCAAGUCUGCACCAAUUGCCGCCGAUCGACAUCGUCUUGUUCCAAGCCAUUCGAGGCAAAAUUAGAGCGUGUCCUUGAAAAUCACAGUUCUUCGGAUUUUACUCUCGCCACAGACAUCAGUGGCUGUUCAAGUUGUUCCACCCACUAA